AGAGAAUAAAAAAAAAAACCCUAAAAUUCCGACCUUUGCAAAUCCCCCCCGUCCAAAGAGGGCUGCCCUGUCCACUAACCUAGAAAGGAAAAAAAAGGGGAAAAAUCGUUGCGUCGAAUCCAAUGGCCGAAUCCAAGAGCCCUCAAGAACCUGCAUUGCCCGUCAAACGCAAGCCUGACCUCACGUCCGAUUACCAACAAAACCUCCCCCUUAAAUCCCCAAAACUCCUGUCCCAAGACGAAACAAUCCAAGCCAACGAAGGAAAUCACUCGGCCCAGAAUCACGCUCUUCAACCUUCCGGAAAUAGCGAUUCCUCCGUCCCUAAAACCCUGCCCGAGAAUGAAGAACCCGGUGUUGACGCCGAAGAAGAAGAAGAAGAAGAAGAAGAUGACGAUGACUAUGAAGACGACGACGAUGGCGAUGAUCAUGACGAGGAAGAGGAGAACGGAAAUGCGGCAGUUGACCGGAAAGGGAAGGGGAUUUUGGUAGAGGAGGAAAAGGAUAGCGACGAUGACGAUGAUGAUUCGAAUGAUGGCGGGAACGAAUCAGAGGGUGAGAGUGAUUUAUCAGAUGAUCCAUUGGCGGAGGUUGACUUGGAUAAUAUUUUGCCGUCUAGGACGCGGCGGCGAGUGGCGCAACGGGGGUUUGUAUUGCAAAAAAUAUCAGAAACAACGGUGAACGCCAUGAUAGCGAUGACAGCGACGCUUAAUUUUGGGGGAAGAUUGUAUUUCAGCGCUAUUUUUGUGGUUUAAUUUGGAGUGCUUGGUAUUCCUCCCAUCCGAAGAUGGUUUAGGCUGAAAUUGCGUGAGCUCUUAUGUGGCUAGCUAGACUGCAUGCUGGGGUUAAUGAUAAAUUUCAUUGAAAAAGUGUGAGAGCACUUUGAGAAUUACUGAUUAUUAUAAAAGAAUGUUUUGUGUUCUGCAAAUUUUGUAGUUAAGGAUCGAUGAAUAUUUGAUCAUUUUAAGUGUCAAGUUGCUAAUUAAAAAAGGAAAGCUUGCAAGAAAUAAUUGGUGCUAGGGAUCAUAAUGUGAAACAAUGAGCUGUCAAGCAUAUAAAGCAUCUUCUUCUUCCUCUUAACUGAGUUCAAACUCUGUAUUUUAAGAUUUGAGGCGUUGGACUCUGUGGCGUGUUUAGGCAAAGUUGAUUGAUCCACUUUAAAUUAGAGUUAGCCCGUUGAGCACCAGGUCAGUUCCUAUUCAUGGCCAUCAUGUAAUUCAAGGGUGGACUAUCCUUGGCUGAUCUUAUGGCAAGAGAACUCUCUGAAUUGUUGUUGGUACGAAAAUCCUGUCAUUCCAUCAUUAAUUUUGGCACAAGGGGUUUUGCGUGUGUUGUUUUUCUGGUUUUAAAUAUUAGUUUUUGUUAAAAUUGUUAGCUAGCAACCAUGUGUGGAGGCUGGUCUUGCAUGCACUUUGGGAUUGAAAAAUAUCACGCUUACUCUUCAGUCUUCACUCUUAGAUUUCUUCUCCCCACAGGUUUGAUCGGAUAACAUGAAAAGUCUCGUCUCAGUUGAAGUUAGUUUGUGUGAAUAAUACAAGUGACUACAAACAUAAUAUUUGGCAACAAAAUAGAUGUUAAAUAAGUUGGCAGUUUUUGUGAAUGCAGUUAGACAAUUGAUAGGAUCAUAAGCACACACAGAGAGAAGGAGAGAGACAGAGGCGGUGGCUUUUGGUGUGAACCAGGACUGUUAAACCAGUGUGUUACUGUGUUUGUCAAAUGCUGCAUGUGGCAGAUCAGUUGCUGCUUUCAGACUUCUGAUUUGCCAAACGGUUUUGCUGCAUAUGCAGAUAACAUUUGGCACAAAUCCGUGUGGGGAUUUUAGCUUUUGAAUUCACGGGUCGCAGAUGCGUUGAUUUAAUUACAAAUAUGCAUACGAACUGACCUGUCCUAUUAGAAGCAAAUUCUUGUUUUACAUUCAUUUUAA